AUGGAUGACUAUGCAUCAGAAUUGUCAAAGAGUAGUAUCAGAUCUCGCAGAUCAUCAUCUUCUAUUUCACACGUGUCUUCUGUACGCCUGAAAGAAGAGCAGAAGAAGGUUGAGUUAUUAGUCAAAGCUGCUGCAUUAAAAAAGAAGCAUGAGUUAGAGGUGGAAAAAGUGAGGUUGAAAAUGGAGGAAGAAGAGCUGGACAUGGCUAAGACGGAGAUGGCUAUUUCUGAUGCAAGAUGGAAGGUACUAGAUGAGUACGAUUUUGAAAAUGAACAUAGCAGCAGACAAAGUACUGGUUUUGGUAAACAAAACACUCGACAACCGAUGGAUUUUAGUGACAGGGAUCCUUUGGUUAGUGACACUCUCAGUGUUGCAGUUCCAAGGUUUACACGUGACAGGGAAAAGGAAAAUGAGUCACUUCCUGAAAUGAAAUAUUAUACACCAGCAGAAACACCUGUAAAUUUUCCAACUCAGCAGAUGACACAAGAUCCCUUGGGCAUGAGCACUACAUCUGAUAGUGCAAUUGCUACAGUAAUUCGGCAGUUGAGGAAACCAGUUACAGAUCUCAUGGUGUUCAGUGGUAAUCCGUUGGAGUAUCGAAAGUUUAUGCGACAAUUCAAGACCAAGAUACUUGUGAACACUGAUGAUUUUGAUGAACGUCUAAACUAUUUGGAACAGUUCACAUCUGGAGAAGUUUGCAACAUAGUGAGUAGCUAUGGUUAUUUAGAUGCGGAACAAGGAUAUCCUGCCGCAAUCAAAGAGCUUCAGCAGAGAUAUGGAAACGAAGAUGUGAUAGUGAAUGCUUUUAUUCAAAAGGCAUUAGAAUGGCCCUACAUCAGAGCAGACAAUUCAAAAGCACUGGAUGAGUACGCCGUAUUCUUGUCUGAAUGUGAAAACACUGUUAAAAGCAACAUUCUUGACAAUACAGACAACAUCCGGAGAUUGAUUACGAAGCUACCCUAUCAUUACCAAGAAGGAUUCAGAAAUAGGAUCCAAAGCAUCCGUGCUUCAGGAAAAAGUGUAAAAUUUUCAGAUCUGGUAGAGUUUGUUCGGAAGGAAUCAUGGAAAGCGAAUGACCCAAUGUUUGGCAAAGAUGCAUUGCAGGACAAGGACAAACAUGGAAACCCUAGCAGGGCUACUUUGAAAACAAGGAACCAACUUUCACGAACAAAAUUGACUUUGGCAACAGAAGUGAAUACCCCUCAAACUUCACAGGUUCCAAGAUCACCAGCAUCACCUCAACCUCAGACAAGUAAGAAACAAACAGGUCAGCCACCGCCUGCAGAUAGGAAGUGUUUAUGUUGUGAAUCAAACCAGCAUUUUGUGAGUGAAUGUGAAAAAUUCACUGCUCUGUCGUACGACGAAAUAGUGAACUUUAUCAGAAGUAAAAGACUUUGUUUUCGAUGCCUCAGAAAAGGACAUCUUAGCAAGGAUUGCAGAAGUAAUAUCACAUGUACAAAAUGCCAGCGUCGACAUAAUGCACUGCUUCAUCGUGAAGAAGCUCAAGUGAUUCAACAUGAUACGAUACAGACAAGUUCUUGCCUGAGUUCUGCUAUGGGGGUCGGACUAGAAACAGAUGGCACGUGCACUAUGGUGAUUAUGCCUGUGAAGGUUCUGAUGAAAGGUGGGUUACGAGCCAUAGAGACUUAUGCUUUUUUAGACCCAGGCAGCAGCGCGUCUUUCUGUACUGAAUCAUUGAUGAGACAGUUAGGAGCAAGUGGCAAGCCAAUGAAGCUGAACAUUGACAGUAUGGGCAAACCUAGAACUAUCAACACCUAUGCUGUAUCCGGAAUGCAAGUUUGCAAUCUCACCAUGGAAAACCAUGUUGCACUUCCCAAGAUGUUUACUGUUGAGAAGUUGCCAGUGUCAAAGAUUCAUAUUCCAACUUCAGAUGACAUAAAAGAUUGGACUCAUCUCAGGGACGUAGAGAUACCAAUCAUAGAUGCUGAAAUAGGUAUCAUGAUAGGCAACAAUAUCGCAGAUGCCUACACACCUAUAGAGGUACGUUCUGGACCCGAUCAUGCUCCACAUGCAACUAGAACCCGCCUUGGUUGGGCGUUGUGGAAUGUGACAAGACCUGCGAGUGCAACCAGAUGUUUGGAAUCCAUAAGAUGCACAGUGAACAGAACAGAUGUUGCAGUUCAUGAAUGCGAGGAGUUCAAACAGCUAGAUAGGAUGGUGCGACACUCAUUCAACAUAGAUUUCCCCGAGAGGAUCAUCGAUGAUGAGAAGCAGCACUCUCAGGAAGAUAAAGUAUUCCUAAAGGGAGUCGAUGAAUCCAUUAAACUCUGUGAUGGACAUUAUGAAAUAUCUCUUCCUUUUAGGGAACAGAAAGUUAGUUUCCCGAACAACUACUCCUUAGCAUUCAAGCGUUUGAUGGGAUUGAAAAGGCAGAUGGAACAGGAUAACAAAUUUCGUUUGGAAUAUACCGACUUCAUGAAUAAAAUGUUGGAGAAGGGCUAUGCUGAACACAUUCCAGAUGAUGAACCAGAACCAGAACCAGAGGAUGGAUUUGUGUGGUACAUCCCCCACCAUGGUGUGUACCACCCAAAGAAGGUGAAGUUGCGGGUUGUGUUUAACUGUGCAGCCACUUACAAUGGUACUUCACUCAAUCAACAGUUACUAUCCGGACCUGAUCUGACAAAUAACCUCAUAGGUGUUUUGGUGAGAUUUCGACAAGAGAAUGUAGCUGCCAAGGGAGACAUAGAGAGUAUGUUUUACCAAGUUUGGGUAACAAAGGCUCAUUGGAACUAUCAGCGGUUUCUCUGGUGGCAAGACGGGGACUACGGAAAUCCACCAUUGAGGUACAGGAUGAAAGUCCACAUGUUUGGUACUACAUCGUCACCUAGUUGUGCAAAUGCAGCCCUCUUGAAGACCGCUAAUGACAAUGAAGAAAAGUAUGAACCAGAGAUUGCAGAAAUUGUAAGGAACAUCUUCUAUGUGGACGAUUGCUUGUUUUCUGAGCAAGAUGUAACCAAGACUGUCAGUUGUGUGACCCAGGAAAGCUCUCUGUGUCAGCAGGGUGGAUUUAGACUUACUAAAUGGGUAAGCAACAGUGCAGAAGUUCUCGACAAAAUUCUGCCUGAAGACCGAGCUGAAGGAGUGAAAUCUAGAUCAAUCUAG